CCAUGGCUCCCUAUAAAGUUCCCUGCGCCCUGCAGCCACCUGCUCUCCCUGGCUUUGGGCACCUCCUGCUCUCGCCAUGGCACUGCACUGGGCCCUCGAAGCCCUGUGCGUCCUGCCACUGCUGAACCCCCAGAACCCAGCAUGUGCCAAUGUCACAGCCAUGCCCAUCACCAGUGCCACCCUGGACUGGCUCACUCGCAGGUGGUUUUUCGUUGCCUCCGCCUUUCGGAACCCCGAGUACAAACAGGGGGCUCAAGAGAUCCAGACAGCAUUCUUCUACCUUGACACUCACCCCAAGGAGGACAAAUUAUGGGUCCGGGAGUACAUGACAAUUGGGGACCGGUGCAUCCAGAACUCCACCAUCCUGAGUGUCCAGAGGGAGAACGGAACCUUGUCCAGGAUGGAGGGGAACAAGGAGCACUUCGCCCAUCUGCUGCUGCUGCGGGAUCCCCGGAGCUUCAUGCUGGCCUUCUUCCUGGAGGACGAGCACAAGCGGGGACUGUCCUUCUAUGCUGACACGGAGCGGGCCAGCCCCGAGCAGCUGGAGGAGUUCCGCAAGGCCAUCCAGUGCGUGGGCCUGCCCACGUCGGAGAUCCUGUACGUGGACUGGAAAAAGAACAAGUGUCCGCUGCAGCAGCAAGAGAAGACAAAGGGAAAGGAGGAACCCUAGGAAGACCGCGCUGGGCAGCACCUUGGGGACCCGAGGCUGUCUCACUCCCUCCCACCCUCUGUGCCUCUGUUUUGUCUCUGCAUCAAUAAAGGACCAGUUGGACACAGUCA